GCAUUUCCUAGAAUAACCGAUGUUCCCACUGCAUGUGCUGAGGUACAGCGUGUUAUGACUACGGUACACAGAAAGUGAAGAAUGCAGAAAGAUGGAGGACUGAGAAGAAAAGAAGAAAUGGGGCAACUGUCACUGCACCGGCUGCCUCUCUCUCUGUCCUCCCGCAGCCAGUGAGAGCUGCUCCAGUGGCUGGACGGUACCCCGGCACCUAAUGAAUACAUGGAUGAAAACUGGCUCUACUGUGGAUCUGUGCUUUCUUGUCCUUUGCACCUCUGAUCUGUUUCUCAAGGAAAUAUGGUGAGCAAAGAGGACACCAAAUGCGUUGUUGUCUCAAAUUCAGAUGAAUCAGAUUCAGAGACAGGCCCAUCACACAGCCUCGAUGCGCAGUCUGGACCAGAAUCAGGCAAGCAGCAAGUGAAGAAGAGAAACAAGGCCUUACAAGUGCGUUUUAAGGAUAUCUGUGAUGCUCAGAAUGAGCAUAGGGGUAAGCGCUCCAGAUCCAUUUCCUGUAAAGUGACACACAGAAAGUACAUGACCAUGCCUGCCAGACGCUCUAUUCCAAACGUGACCAAGAGUACUGGUGUCCAGACGUCGCCGGACCUCACUAAGCGAUACAAGACUUUUCCUUUUGAGAGGAAAAAAGGACAUACGUUUAAACACACUGCUUUGGUGGAAGAUUACAGAGGGCAAAACAAUGGUUUUUUGAGUGAUAUAAAGGCUGGAGGAGAGGAUGGACAAACCACUGGGGAGUCCUCUAAGUACAAGGGUAAGAUCGUGGGGCAGACAAAAGCGUUGCUUCACCACACUGAUGACAGCAGUGAAACAGAGGAUUUGCUUUCUAGUGCUAACUGUGUGGAUGGACCCUCUUGUCCAGACUCUUCACAUUUCUCGGAAGAGUGCCAUCCACGUAGCUCUCCUUUCAACAGAGAAACAGAGUACCAGGUUUGUGGGACAAGUACCAAACACAAAGGAUUACCCAAAGAAGAAAUGGAAGCUGGCACUUCCUCAAAGCGCCAGCUGGCUAACUCUGAGUUUUCACAGGACAAGUCAAAGGGCACUGGCCCUGUUGCUUGGAACUCGCUGACACAGGUGGAGUCUUUAGGAAGCCCGUCUGUGAGCUGCAAACGGAAAAAGGGUACACAGCUAAACGAACAGCAGUCACAGACACUUCCCCAUAGCGCCAAAUGUUCUGUGCAGUCACAAGGGCAGUGUCGGACAAGGCAUAUGUCAGCCUCCUCUAAACUCCAGCAAACAGUUGGGGGGGAUGAGGGCUUUCCUCCAGGAGACAAAAGAGCCCCAGGCAUGGGGAGCAGCCAGCAGAUAAUGCCCUUAUCUGGAGACAAGGAUAUCAAAGCACAGCUGCAGGCCAUGGAGAGUCUCAUCAGCUCAAGCCAGGAGACCAUCAAGGUCCUGCUUGGAGUUAUUCAGGAGUUGGAGAAAGGUGAAGCACAGAGAGAGGGGCUCUCCUACCGAACAGGACAAGACACAGCAAAUUGUGACACUUGUCGAAACAGCGCAUGCAUCAUUUACAGUGUCGAGCUGGAUUUCAAGCAGCAGGAGGACAAGCUACAGUCCCUGAUGAAGAGACUUUGCCCCCUGGACAGUCAACAAUGCCCCGCUCUGCCUUACUCCAAUGAAGUGUUCACAUCCACCCCAAAACGCAAGUCCAAGACAGAGUCCAAAAAGCAUGCUCGUUGGAAACUCUGGUUCCUUUGAGUAAAACAUCAAGGGCUUUGGGAACAGCCUUUUCAUUGGGCACAUUAAUACCCCUGUUAUUCUCACAAUGAAGGAGGGAGUAUUCAGAGGGAGCAAUCAACAUAUGAGAAUGGAUAAUGGCAGAAACCAGUUCAUUUGAGGUUCUGAGUUGAGACUGCACAUUAAGUCAGCUGGUGGACAGCAGAGACAAAAAAAUUUGAAUUCUGUCAAACCUUUUUCUGGCAUGUUUGCUGAAGAGGACCGACA